AUGUCGACGAACACUGGGCGUAUUGAUCUUACUGACAUUAAUUCUUCCAUCCUUCCGUUCGCUCUGGAGACGCUCUUCCUCGGUGCCAAUAUCGUGCUCAUGCCCCUCUCGACAUACGUACUAUGGCAUAAAGGACUCAAGUCCAGAGUGAACGCCAUAAUGUUCCUGGCGACGCUCCUCAUGUUCACCGUCUCCAUCGCACACUGGGUCCUUACAUUAGUCUUCUUCAUGGACACCAUGCUGGCUUCCAUACUCUCUUGCAGUCCCAAGACGGGUCCUGUCCGUGACUUUGUGGCCCGUGAGUGGCUUCCUUUAAUCAAUAUCCUUCUGACGGAUGCCAUCGUCUUGUGGCGAACAUGGGUCGUAUUGGGCCACAAAUCAAAACUCUUCCUGGUCGUGGGCUAUUCUAUCGUCUUGGCUUGCAUCGUCAUCACAUUAGCUCUCAAGUUCACAGACUACGCCAUGUUCGCAUGUACAAUUGCUAUCAACUUAUGCUCUACCAUCAUCAUGGGCUACAAGACUUGGAGUCACCGCCGAAUGAUGAAGAAGAAUGAUCUCCUGGCGGUGAAUGCUACCGCAGUCCAGAUGGCACUCAUCCUCCUCGUCGAGUCUGGCGCUCUAUACUGCGUACUCUGGAUCCUGACCAUGUCGUUGCUGUUAACUGGGAUGGAAAAUGGCUUCCUCAUCAUGGCCUCCAUCCUGGUUCCCGUCUCCGGCAUCUACCCAACGAUCAUCAUCGUCCUCGUAUGUCUCCAAAAAGCGCACCACGACACCCUCAACCUCGAUCGGCGCGACUCUUCCACGUCCCCUCGGAGCACCUUUCCCAGUUCGCACACCAACGAGUACGAGUACGAACUGCGACUCUCGACGAACGCUUCGCUGCCGACUACGCCCAGACCGGUCGUCGACCGUACGCGUCUGAGUACGAGUACGAGCACAAGCCAGACACGGAGACACACGAUACCCCUCCAGUUCGGCCUCAAUGCCGAUGCGAACCGGUCUAGUUCUAGCUGGCCGAAUAUUCCUUUAGGCAGUCCCGUAGAAGAAAAGUGA